AUGCCGUCGCUCGACAAGGACAUCGAGACGGUUCAGCCUUCGCCUCCGGUUUCUGCGUCGUCGUCUCAUCUGGACGAUGCAUAUGAGGCGUACAAGAAUAACCGCGACAUUGAAGUCGACCCGGCCGAGGCGAAGAAGACGCUACGCAAGAUAGACAAGCGCAUCGUUCCUAUUCUCUUCUUCAUCUACUUGCUCCAAUAUCUUGACAAGAACGGAAUCAACUAUGCUUCUGCAUACGGCUUCAUUGAAGGCACGAAUUUGGGCAAGAAUGGAUAUUCGUGGCUCGGAAGUAUUUUCUACUUCGGAUAUCUCGUCGGUCAAUAUCCAGCCGGCUACCUUCUCCAGCGUCUGCCCAUCGCCAAAUUCCUCGGCUACUGCACAAUCGGCUGGGGCGUGAUUCUCAUGACCACACCUGCGUGCACGAAUUUUGCAGGCACAGCCGCAAACCGCUUCCUCCUAGGGCUUCUCGAGUCUACCGUGAACCCAGGCUUCGUGCUGAUCAUGAGUAUGUGGUAUACAUCCGCCGAACAACCAUUACGGCUCGAGGCAUACUACUGCACGAACGGAAUCGCAACCAUGUUUGGUGGCUUGAUUGGCUAUGCAGUCGGACAUAUCACGACCGGCCUGCCGCGCUGGAUGUACGUCUUCAUCAUCUUCGGCACCUUCUCCACAUUCAUGGGUAUCAUCACUUUACUAUUCCUUCCGGACCUGCCUACCACGGCCCCAUUCCUAAGUGAACGGGAACGCGUAGUCGCCGUCGAGAGAGUCGCAGCCAAUCGCCAGGGCGUGAAGAACAGGCACUUCAAAUCCUACCAAGCCUGGCAGACGCUUAAGGAUCCCAAGACGUGGCUGUUAUUCAUCAUGGCGACAGGCGCUCAGAUCCCCAACUCCGCGCUGACUUCCUUCUCCUCCAUCAUCAUCAAGUCCUUUGGCGUCGACACGCUCGGAAACGCAUUCCUCUCGCUACUCGCCGGUGGCUUCAUAUGCACUCACUGGCCCAAUAGCCGGUGCAUAACCAUGACCGUGGCAAACCUAAUCUGCAUUGUUGGCGCAUCCAUGCUCGUCGCACUGCCUCACACGGCGAAAUGGGGCCGCCUGAUCGGUCUCUGGCUGUGCUACUUCCAGGGUCUUGGGUUUUCCAUCUCGCUCACAAUUGUGUCUUCCAACAUUGCGGGAACCACUAAGAAGCAACUCACGUCCGCCGCCUUGUUCACAGGGUAUUGUGUAGGCAACAUCAUUGGACCUCAAACGUUCAAGGACAGUGAGAAGCCCGGCUACGAGAGCGCGUACAUUGCCAUGUUGAUCGGAUACUCGAUCAAAUUGGCGGCCGUGUUGGUCUUGUUUGCGUACAUGUGGAGUGUAAACAAGAAGCGGGACGCAGAGGCUGCGGGUGGCGUCGUGGGGUUGACGGAAGAAGAGGAGAGAGAGGCAGUCGAGAAGGGCAUGUUGGAUGUGACGGAGAUUGAUAACAAGGGUUUCAGGUACAUUCUGUAG